CUCGAUCGCUCUCCUUGAAGCCUAUAAAAGCCCACCCUUGCACUUCAAACCCAAUAUCCUCACAACUACUUCUAUAACUUUUCUACUAUAUAUCUACCGAAUACCUACAAUUAGGGUUUGGGAUAUGGCUUCCAAAAGCUCUGCCUCUCUUGCUCUCUUUUUCUCCCUCAAUCUUCUCUUCUUUGCACUUGUCACUGCAUGUGGCACAUGCCCUAGUCCGAAGCCAAAACCAAAGCCGAAGCCAAAGCCCAGCCCCACCCCUUCCCAGGCCUCGUGCCCUAGGGAUGCCCUCAAACUAGGAGUAUGUGCUGAUCUGCUCGGUAGUUUGCUUAACGUUACCGUCGGCAGCCCUCCGGUAACUCCCUGCUGCACUCUCAUACAGGGCCUUGCUGACCUUGAGGCAGCUGUCUGUCUUUGCACUGCCAUCAAAGCUAAUAUACUGGGCAUCAACCUCAACAUCCCACUUUCCCUCAGCUUGCUUCUCAAUGUUUGUUCAAAGAACGUUCCAUCUGGGUUCAAGUGUGCCUAGAAAGUGAAAAUUUGAUCAUUUCUCGUCGAACUAUGGCUUUCCCUGGCUUUCAACUAUAAUAAUCUAUUGUAAUUCAUGUGUGUGGUAAGUAGGAAAUAUUGCUCGUUUUCCUUGUUAUAGCGGUUUUUGGAUUUCCGUGUGAUCCUGUCAAUAUGGGUGAUUAUGAAUAAGUAUUCAUACUGAUGUUUGCUUGUGUAAUUCUAUGGGAAAUGGAAAAACAUUUAUCUUU